UCUGUUUUUUGUACUCCGGUGCAAGGGAGAGAGUGAGAGAGUGAGAGAGUGAGAGAGGAAGAGAUAGGAAGUAGUGAUGGAAAGGGCGGAGAGCUCCGUAGGAGAAGCAGAGAGGAGGCAUUUAGGGGAGACAGCAGGACUUAUCAUGCGGAGCCGUAACAACCCGGAGCCUCUGUGGCCCACGAUCGAUGGCCCUCUCGGUCUCUCCGAAGAAGAUUCAGUGAGCUAUGCCCGUAAGUUCUUCAAGUUCGGAUUUCUCUUGCUUCCUUUGCUUUGGGCUGUCAAUUGCUUCUACUUCUGGCCCGUUCUUCGCCAUUCCCCUUCCUUCCCUCGCAUCCGUCGCUAUGUACUUGGAUCAGCAGUUGGGUUUGUGGGAUUCACAGUGAUGCUAUCUUCUUGGGCCCUCACAUUUGCCAUUGGAGGGGAGCGUCUGUUCGGCCCUGUUUGGGAACGCCUUGUCAUGUACAACGUUGCUGACAGAUUAGGCCUGUCAGGUUGGAACUAAUUAUGAUACUCCCACACAUCAUGGCUUAUACAGAAAAUUUAGUGUAUUUCUUUUCUGAGAUAAAUAUUUGGUAUCAGUUAG